AUGUUGGGUUCGAACAGUGUGCAUUCAUAUGAGCAGAAAAAUGAAAAUUGUUUUUCUUACGAGCGGGAUGAGCCACGUAGCGAGCACGUUAGAGAGUUAAGCUUUACUGUCAAUAAGAAAAAAUACAAACAAAUAAAAACGAAUGCACAACCAGGUUUAAUUUACCGAUCUUCAAUAUCAUACAAGUUUAAGAAACGAAAAGUCAAGCGACGUUAUUUCAGCCAGCUUAAAAUAAAGAAGUGUGAAACACCUGAUAAAAGUAGCCAUGCAGUGGACAAGCAAAACAAAUACAAAACCAAUCUUUUCCUAUCAAAGUAUAUUGUUAAUAUGGUUUUUGAGCGUCCAUUUAACACAGCUCCAAGCCCAUUCAACCGUUUAAACCAAAGCGCAUGCAAAAUUUACAGAUGUCAAGUGAUUGGUCCUGAUGACACAUGCUGUUGUUCUUGUAAUUCUGACGCUAUAUUUGAAGUCAUGAAAGGCUUGUAUAAUUGUUACAAAAAGAAAAAUUGCUUGAAUUGUAAUUGUAUACUUUGUGGUGAUCAAAAGUUGCAAGGAGAAAUAAAAAUGAAGAAUGAAAGAACGUCUGAAAAAUUCGCCGGCUUAUUGACAGUGCCAAAAAGAAAAUCUCAAGCCAAAAGAGAAAGUAAAGAAUCAGCUAAGCAUGUUGCUCCUGUUCUUGAAGGCCAAAUGCAAUCAAAAAUAAAGUUAACUGUAAAGCCUCAAGGCGACCUUCGGCUACCUGUUGAAUCUACAACAAAGGCUAUUCCACAUUUAGAUCAAAUAACUCCGCCAAAAGAAGAAUUAAUUCAGAAAAAUGAAGAACCCAAAACAACGCAAGGCAACGUAACGCAACAAGAUGUUAAAUUAGAGGAAGCUUUAACACCAUCACAAAGAAAAAUUCUAAAACAAAAAGAAAAACUUUUAAGAAACCUAGUAAAGAACGGGUUACCCUUACCAAUAGGUAGAACACCUUCUGAAAAAAAAUUAAUCGAUAUAGUUCGUGUACAAUUAGGUCUUCCACAAGAAAACGAAACCUUACGUGAAUCUGAAGAGAAACCCCCUCCAAAAGCUAGUGUCAUAACGCUAUUGGAAGGGAAGCCACUAAAUAAGGGUGUGAUAGAUGCAGGAAAACCGAUUCCGGAAGGUGCGACUUUAUUAAAAAAGGAUCAAAUAAAUAAAAUGAUAGACGAUUCAGUAUCAAAACAUAAAUUAAUGAUAGACAAAGUGAGACACAGAAAAUCAUCUGGAUUAUUAACACCACUAAAAGGCAAAACCAUUGAACAGAAAGAAAAGAUAUUGAUAGACUUAGUUAAAGCUGGUCUUCCGUUACCAGAACCUAAAACAGCGUCCGAAAAAUAUUUAGUUGACAGAAUUCAAAAUAAAGUAGGCUUGGCACCUCGACGAAAUAUAUCUUCUGUGAGUAUAGCUUUGGAGAAUAUGACUCCAGCAGAAAAAGAAAUAAUAUUGAAACGAUUAAAAGAUGCAGGAUUACCCCUCCCAGAACCCGAAAGAAAGUCAAAAGAUGCAAACAUAUUGACACCAUUGGAAGGAAAACAACAGGUCCAGGAGCAUAAAAAAUCAAAAGAUGAAGACAUAUUGACACCAUUGGAAGGUUUAUCAAAGGCCGAGAAACAUAAAAUAGUAAAAAGAUUAGCUGAAGAUGGAGUAACCCUACCAGAAGGCAAUACGAUUUCUGAAAGGUCUUUGAUUCGCAACGUUAAGGCAGAACUGGGAAUGGCCCCAACAAAGAAGCGUAGAGAUCAUAAGUCAGUUAUCCUAAAAGCAAAAGCUGAAGGGCUUUUCUCACCAAUAAGUGAUAAACCACAUGAGGAGAAAGUAAGAAUAAUAAGAGGCCUCGCUGAAGCUGAAUUACCUGUACCUAAAGGUAAAACGCCGUCUGAAAAAGAUUUAAUAAAAAGAAUUAAGGAUGAAUUCCAUUGGCUAACUAAUGCAAUGCAUUACAAGACGAAGAAAGAAUCAAAAAAAAUUGAGGAAAUAAAGAAACCGCGAAUGAACAUAACUCAAAAUUAUCAAGCCGUUAUCAAGACAGCAACUUGUGAACGUGGCUGCGGUUGUAACAAAAGAAAUAUCAAAUUUAAAAAUAGACGCACUAAAUUUAGAGUGGCCUUUGCAGAUAUACCGACUUCCUGCGAUCGUCCUUUAGAUUGUAUCCCAGGCGGUAAAAGGGGGUACUUUGUUGACAAUAAGGGAAUUAAAAUUAUUGUUGGUAGUGCUGUAGGUGCCCCAUCGAUGUUUAGAGGAUACACCAAUCGGAUGAUACAGGAUGGAUUGGCUCCUAAAACGCACAGUAGCAACAUAGACAGAGUCUAUUCAAAAUAUUUUAAUAUCUCCAAAAAUAUUCGCAACAUUGAUAAUUAUUCACAUAAUUAUUCUGGAAAUGGAAGUAGAAAUAUUUUUUGGCAAACUAGUAAAAAACCGUGUAACAGGCGUGCAAAGAAAUGCGUUGGUCCAAAAGCAAAUAUAAAGCGUCUUCAAAAAACAGCUCAGAUUUGCAGAUAUCUUAGAAACUUGAAAUCUAAAUCAACAGCAGGCAGUUCUGUGUCCAUUUUAAUGAUAAAUAGUGAGGCUUCCUUAAGUUUAGACACAAGUAGCAGUAACAGCAUGGACACGACUGUGAUGUCAGAUUGGAGUAGUGACAUCACUUCUCAUUCUAAGCAUUGUUCCGACACCCAUUCCUCCGACCAACUUUUAAGCAUUAGCUCAGUGGAUGGAUCCACCAGCGAAGAGUUGAUCGAUCAAAGUGUCAUUAUUGGCGAUCCCAAAAGAAAAAUGAAUAUUCGAACAAUAAAUCCACAACUAGAAUAUGCUGUCUUUCGAUUGGCUGAAGAAAAACGUAAUUUUGUCGCUAAGACUCCUACAAAGAAAAGGCGAAGUGCAGUAACAGGAAAUAUUGUUCUAUUUAACCGCUUUUCAAGAAAAUUCGAUAUAUCAAAGCUAUUAGACAAAAUACUUGCAAGGAAACGUUUCACUCAGGCAUCUUCACUGUUCGUAGUAGUACCAACAUCUGAUGAAGAGGAAGAAUCCAAUAAAGUUAUCGAAUCCACAAGCAUUUGUUCAGUUGAAACACCAGUGGUAGCGAAUUCUGACACGAUGACGGCGAUCUCCUCCGUGCACGGGCCCCAGGUGCAGUGUGGAAACGGAAAGAAGUUUUACAUGCAAGAAGUAUUGUCGGCAACAAGAGAUACAGAAAAAGCUGUACAGAAAGAUUCUUUACGUGUUUUAAAAUAUGUUAACAUGGAUAUGAAAAAUAAAUAUUGUCAAUUUGUGAGAACUGAUGACAAUCGUGGAGGGUAUUUAGCGAGUGUGAGAGGCGUCGCAGUGGACACGACACUGGACAGGCCAUGCUGCUGUCUCCCUAAGAUCUCUUCCACUACUUACGUCAUAGAAAGUGCCACCUCAAGAAAUUGUUAUGUUGCCAAUGUAUCAAGACAAGUCACGCCACUGUUACUGAAAGAUAGAAGACCCAAAUGGUGUCGUUUUACUAAGUCGAGUAACGCACCUAAGACCAAACCCCCAAUACUUGUGCCUUGUAUUUCAAGUCAUUCGCGGUCCGGCACGACCCAUAGGCAUAAACGCAAGCAUCGCCUUAGAUCGUCAUCAGUUUCCAUAAAUGAAAGUCUAAAUAAAUACAAUUAUAUACCCGCGCCUUGUGAAUGCAAUUCAAAUGGUUUUGAUUUGAGUUCUUAUCAAACCGCAAAAGUAACUGUAAAUGGUAAUUACAGCGGUAGUUUGGAUAGUAUGCGCGGGAGAAGAUCUAUAAAUCGAAGUUCCAUUCGUGUGGGUGGGGGACAGACUUCCAGCAGCAGUACAAGUGAUGAGAGGAACCAGAGACACAAUAGAACUACGAAGCGGAGGCCCAGUGUUACCAUUAAAGAAGGCGCGAAUAGAAGUAGUUACCACAUUAACAGUGGAGGUUCAAAUAAAUCUGGGAUAAACAAAACUAAAAAAAAGUCCGAGAGUGGUGUGAGCAAAGCGGAGAGAAAAAGUAGUUUAAAAAAGAAUACAAGCGGCAGUUUGAGUAAAAUACGUAAAAAAGAUAACGAGUGCUCGAGUUCCAGUACGAGUGGAGAAUCCUCAGGAGGGUCUGCAAACUCGUGUGCUAGUCAAGAAACUCGUGAAACAGUAGACGCAUGUUUUGGUACAGCCAGCAUAUCGGAUUUGCGGCCGUGUCCCGUGCUUGAGUGCCCCCCAAGAACACGUUGUAAAUGUAAAACGGAGCGUGUCAAGUGUAAAUGCUUGCCUAACUGUCAAUGUGGGAUUUUUCCUUACAAAUGUGAGAAAGAAAAACGAAAAUGUGGUUGUGAAGUGAUAAAAGGAAAAAGUUGUGCCUGUGUCGAGCACUACGUGUACGGAGGUCCACGGCCAGGACCAACCUCAUGGACACGCUCUAGGGGAAUGGUCACGGAUUUUAGAGGCCCAGCAAUUUUACACGCGCGUAAAGUUUGUGAGUAUAAGAGAGUCCUAUGUGAAGAGGAUAUUGAGGCAUGCGAAUGUCCUAAAAUAGUAUGCGAGACAAACAAUUUCUAUGCAACUUGUCCCUGCGGUGAACAUACAAAUGUCAUAUCACACCCCAGUGAAGGGCCAAAACCAUCGACUAAAACCGUUGGUGCUUUGACGGAUGUGAUGGGUUCAGAUAUAUUUCGUCUCGAACUAAGAUUUUGUCCCGUGGAGCCGACAAUCAAUCCGAAGCAAAAAAAGAAAUGCAAGAUAUUAAAAGGUUGCGUGUGCCAAGAUUUACAUGAUAAAGGUGUGAUACCAAACACACCGCCAUGUAACGAAGAUUGUACACGUAUGCCGAAACCAGAAAAGAAAAAAAUAUGUAUUAAUAAAUUAAAAAAUACGGAUCCUUGUACGGCAAUUGAAAAACUAAAAGACGUAAAACAGGAUCCGAAAAAGAAUGUGCUCUGUCAAACUGAUCCUCCUAAGAAGUCAGGGAUGUCAAAUUUCUUUUCACACAUAGGAAAAAAAUGUCAUUUGAAGAAAUACCCUCCAUGUUCUUCAUAUGAAAACGUAUCUCAAUCGAAGAUAAACUCUCCAUGUUCUUCAGAGGACAACGCAUCUCAUUCGAAGAAAAAGCCUCCAGAUCCUUCAAAGGACAACGUACCUCAUUCGAAGAAAAAGCCUCCAUGUCCUUCAAAGGACAACGUAUCUCAUUCCAAGAAAAAGCCUCCAUGUCCUUCAAAGGACAACGUAAUAGCGGUUGCAGGUUCAAACGAUAGUAUUGUUGCAGUUGUAAAAGAUAGCGGUACUUGUAUUUCCAAUAUUCCUGAACCAUAUGUUCCUGUAAGAAAAAAUGUAAUAAUGUGUAAAUGCAAGCCAUUUUGUAAAUGUGUUGAGUGCACAUCGAAAAACCCGAGAAAGCCAAAAUACUAUGAAGACGAUUAUACUCGCCCAUGCGCAAUACCGGUACCGAAAAAGCCGUGUGAAUGCAAACCAUAUUGUCGAUGCCUAUCGUGCACAUUGUUGCCAAAGUGCAAACAUCCAAAAACAGAUUGUGGAUGUAAAAAAAUGGGUUCACACUCAAAGACGCGUGUCACGUGUAAAUGCAUGCCGAACUGUGAGUGUGGGAUUAUUACAAAAGCUCAAAGAAUUAGUUGUGAGUGUAAAGAAAAACCUGUAUCGUGUGAAUGUAUACAAUGUCUCUGUAGGAAAGGUUCGAAAAAGAAAUCUGUGACGUUGAUUGACCCGAAGGAUUGCCGGCUCACAUGCGCUUUAGACGAACCGGAACCUGAACCAGAACCAGAACCAGAGCCUGAACCAGAACCUGAGCCGGAACCAGUUCAGUUUAUUGAACUUCCAGCUGAAUUUCUUCCCGAAGGUCAAGUUUACGAAACAGUCGGCCCUAGUUGUGCUUGGAUAAAAGACACCGAGGCCAUUUUGAAAAUUAGAUCAGAGUUGACUAUGACAAGUUCAGGGUUCAAAGCAUUUAAAACUAAACGAUUGCCACAGAUACCACCGGAACCAGAAGUAGAAAUGGAUUUUGCUCAAGCAAUCAGGUAUUUUGCUAGCUUGAAUCCAGUAAGAUUCCGGGAGUUGAUAAUACAGGAACGCUACCGGAUGGCACUAGAAGAAAAACAAAGAUUAGAUUAUAUGGAAGAAAUGAAGCUGGAAGCAGAAAGAGUAAAGCUAGAAGCGGAAAAGCGGAGGCUUAGUGUAUUAAAGAGGAAAGAGCAUGACGACAAAAUUAUGAGAUAUAUAGAGGGUAUAGUAGGAGAAAAAAUCUUUAAAGUAAUAAAAUAUUUGAAGGAUUCGUUUUUUACGGAAGAAGAAUUAGAGAAUCUGCAGGAUGUCAUUCCAUUGGGAGAUGCUACCUACUCGGAAAUGGGGGCAGAAGCAGACCUAGACCCAGCAUAUUGGUACCCUGAAGAAGGAUUUAAGUUAACAAUUGGCUAUAAUGGUGGUGCAACACCGGGUAAUCCGAAUCCUAAUUGUACUUGA